AUGGGAGCUCAAGGCCGGGCCACUUGGCGCCUUCAGGCAGCUGAUCUCCAAAGCAAGAGCAAGGGUGAUGAAAUAGUGAGCCCACCUGUCCGCCUUUGGCACCAUCUUUUCGUAUUGAAGUUCCACCCGCGUGGCGACAAAGAUGCAAGGUCUGGCAACUGCAGCUUGUUCUUGGGUGCCACGGAGGGGUGCAAAUUCGAGCUCCGCAUCAAUGGAGUGUCUUGUGCAACUCAGACAACCUGGGAAGUCACACCAGAGCAAGUGCGCAAAGUUGGCGGCUGUGCCGACUUCGGCCCGCAGCCCGACCUGUCGAGUCCGGUUGAUAUGGAGGUCCGCUUUCACAGCAUUGCAGGCAAAAAUGCUGAUGCCUUGCAAAAGGAAGCCAUGUGCUACUACGAGAAAUUGCUGUUCAAAGCAUUCCAGGAUCAGAUGCUGGAGAGAAGCCAGAAUUUGCAGCACGCGACCACCCGGAUCCAGGCAUCUUGGCGGAUGUGGACCGGGCGGAAGCUUGCGAGGUCUCGGUUGGCCGAGAAGAGGCGCAGCGUGAAGCGUGCGAAGGAGCUGGCGGCUGUGCUGCGGGAGCAGCUGUCUUGGCGCCUUUACCAGAGGCGUUUGCAGCGCCGCUGGCACAGCAAACUUAGCAAGAGUCAGGCCACUCCCUACGAUGCGGUCCUGGCCUUCGAGUCCUGGUGGCGAGUGCCGGGAGGUGCCGCAUCGUGGCUGUGGUGGGCCUUUUCCACAAGGGAGCGCCGGAUGCUGGUGCUGGACUCCGCCGGCGUGCAGUCCACCGUCUCCUACCAGAAGCAGGCGGUGGAUGCCAUCCUGGAUGCCCAGACUACGGAGUCUCUGAUGUUCGAGAUGAUCUCCCGCAUCGCCCACCACAUGAUCUUUGUGGUGAACGACCUCACGUGGUUCGAGCAGAAGUACGUGGCCAUGCUCCACCAGAAGUACGUCCAGGGCGGGCAGCAGAAGGAGCUUGUGGUCGUGCACAACUUGCGCAACACCACGAAUAAGGCGGAGGCCUGCAAGUUGUUCAAGCGGCAGGUGAUGCGGUGCUACGACGGCGAACAGUCCCACUUAGGCGAGCUGAUCUUCACCCAGGACGCUGGGAACGGGGCCCCGCCGCUGCGCCACAUCGGCCUUUGCUACGAGUUCUCGCUCGCGGGUGACGCCUUCAACGAGAAGAACCGGCAGCACCUGCUGCAGAGCUUGGA